AUGGCAUCUCAUAUUGUUGGAUAUCCCAGCAUGGGCCCAAAGAGAGAGUUGAAGUUUGCUUUGGAAUCUUUCUGGAAUGGAAAGAGCAGUGCUGACGAGUUGCAAAAGGUACUCGACACAACUGCAAUGCUUGGUGCUGUCCCCGUAAGGUACAACUGGAAUGGUGGACCUGAUGUUAAAUUCUCCUAUGCUUCCCACAAGGCUGUGACUGAAUACAAGGAAGCUAAGUCGGUUGCUGAUUUUGGCUCCCUUGAACUUUCACCGGUUGAUGGAAGGACAUUGACGGAUUUCAUGCAUACCAUGGGUGAAAUGAACUGUAGUUUUUCCUGUUUUUGUUAUUAA